UUGCGGGCCAAAAUGAUUCGACUCGUGAAUCAUGGUCUUCUCAAAGACCAAGGCUUUUUAUUAUUUACAAUUCAGAAAAUUACAAUUUACACCCAAGUGCUGUGCGUUCUAUGAGAAUGAACCCAUUAGCUUAAUUAGGUGCAGCCCAUUUCCCCCAAAGCAUUAAGUUAUUUUUAACACGACAUGUUUUAAGUGCGUGUGUGUUCAAUUUGUUAAUUUUAAGCGUACAGUGAGAAUGAGUGAAGAAAAUUGUUUGGAAGAAACGGUCCCAAGGCCAAGUCUUGGCUCAGAAACUGAAUUUGAUGACCAGCUAUGCAUGUCUGAUAUUCCAGAUGAAACACUGGAAGAAAAAGAUGAAAAUGAUGUCUCAGAUUCCAAAACAGAAGAAUCAACAUCCGAAGGUUUACCAUUUUGCUCCGUUUACAACAUCAAGAAAUUCAAGUCAAGUAAACGAAAUGUUUUUAUUCCCAGUGAACCAAUCACUGCCACAAUUACCGACUACGAAAGAAAUGUUACUACACACAUGCUUAACCCCAAUUUGUAUACUAUCUCCCUAUGCCAUGGGAAUUUCACCUGGCAAGUCAAAAAGCGAUACAAGCAAAUCUACGAUUUACAUCAACAAUUAUUGUUGCAUAAGGCUUCAUUAAUGGUUCCUCUACCCACUAAAACCCAUGCCAGUAAUAGGAAGAGUUUUAGGCAUAAUGUUAUAGGGCAAAAGAAGAAAGGGGCCUUACCAAGAUUUCCCAAAAAGCCUGAAGUUUUGGUACCAUUUGAAGCAAUUGAUGCUAGAAUGAAGCAAAUUGAAGAUUAUUUAAAUAAUAUUUUCAUGAUUAAUGCCUAUAGAAAACAUCCUGCAACUAUUGAUUUUCUGGAAGUUUCACAUUUAUCAUUCAUAAAGGGUCUUGGUAUUAAAGGGAAGGAAGGUUUAAUAAAAAAGAAGACGGGGAACGCCAAAAUUGGUUGCAAUUGUUUUGGGUUCCACUGUUUUUGCUGUAUAAGAUGUCAGCACGUUUGCAAUGACGUUGUAUGCUCCCGCUGGUUAAAACGAUGGUUUUUCAUCAAGGACACAUUUUUCGGGUACAUAAACCCAGAAACCGGUCAAGUAAGAUGUGUCAUACUGUUCGAUCAAGGUUUUGAGGUGGCGUCAGGAUUCUACGCUGUCUCCUUACAAACAGGUUUUCAAAUACAAACCUUAUCCCGACAAAUAACCUUCAAAUGCUGGACGAGAAGGAAAAGUAAGGAAUGGGUGGACACUCUAAAGGAACUAGCCGGAACUACAGCGCGGGAUUUCACGCAACCAAACCCCCAUCACUCUUUCGCGCCCAUAAGGACCACCAUAAACGCUUCGUGGUUCGUGGAUGGUUCCAGUUACAUGUCCGCCGUGGCUGAUGCCAUAGAGGGCGCCACCGAAGAGGUUUUCAUCACCGAUUGGUGGUUGAGUCCGGAGAUAUACUUGAAAAGACCGGCCAUUGUGGGGGAUCACUGGCGGUUGGAUAAGUUACUGGAAAGAAAAGCCAAUGCCGGGGUUAAAAUCUUCAUCCUUCUCUACAAAGAAGUGGAGAUGGCGUUGGGCCUCAACAGUUACUACAGCAAGCAAAAGCUAGCUGAGCUGUCGGAAAACAUCAAAGUACUAAGACACCCGGACCACGCUAAAGCUGGCGUGCUCCUUUGGGCCCAUCACGAAAAGUUGGUGGUUGUCGAUCAGAACGUGGCAUUCGUUGGCGGAAUCGAUUUGUGUUACGGGAGGUGGGACGAUCCCAGCCACAGAUUGACGGAUUUGGGUAGUAUAACGCCUAAUGGUGGGGAUUUAUCGACUCUGAGGAAAAAAACGUCGAGUACUCCCGGGGGGGAACCAAUUUACUCCAUACCGGUACCGUAUUACCAACAAACUCCUAUACCUGAGGUGCGAGAACCCGAACCACCCAGAGAAGACGAAGUUAAUAGAGAUUCACUUCCACAAUUGGAACCCGGCGAUAACCUCAUGAUCCCAAAUAGAUCCUUGGAGCGGAUGAAGAUGAAUACGCCCGAAAUGGACAGAAAGAACGUCUUUUACGACUUUAAAAACACCGUUAAAUCGGCCAGUAAAGGUAUAAUCAACUUGGUGUACACCCCUCACGAAGAUAGCUUCGAAGAACCGGACUACACCGACGAGCAAAAAGACAUGGCGCAAACUCCGGAGGAUCUCAUCGAAACGCUGGACGGUUCGGCCAAGUUAUGGGUCGGGAAAGACUACGUGAACUUCAUAGUGAAGGACUUCACGAAUCUCGACUCUCCCUUCGACGAUUUCAUCGACAGAGGCACCACUCCGCGCAUGCCCUGGCACGACGUAGGCAUGUGCGUGCAAGGUUCUUCGGCGCGCGACGUUGCCAGGCAUUUUAUCCAGCGCUGGAACGCCUGUAAGUUGGAAAAGUGCCAGUCCAAUGAUAAUUAUCCCUACCUGAUGCCCAAAUGUUACGAUAACUGUGUUACCGCACCCAAGGCUAGUUUUAACACGCACCAAGUGACUUGUCAGGUACUUAGAAGUGUAAGCACAUGGUCAAUAGGCUUUUUGGAGCCCGACACAGUGGAACAGAGCAUCCACGAGGCGUACAUCGACACAAUCACACGAGCACAGCACUACAUUUACAUCGAAAAUCAAUUUUUCAUAUCGAUUUCCUACAUUAAAAACCAAAUCGCCGACGCUAUUUUCAAAAGAAUCAUACGAGCGUAUAAAGGGAAAGAAACUUUUAGAGUUUACGUUGUGAUGCCUUUACUGCCAGGGUUUGAAGGCGAAGUUGGGGGUACCACAGGGACCUCUUUGCACGCCAUAACUCAUUGGAAUUACGCUUCAAUUUCUAGGGACAAAAACAGUUUGCUCAACAAGCUUAAAGCUGCCGGUAUCAGCGACCCGUCCGAAUACAUAUCGUUCUACGGUCUCAGAAACCAUUCGGUUCUAAACCGAGAACCGAUAACCGAACUGAUUUACGUUCACUCCAAACUUAUGAUAGUAGACGACAAAAUCGUCAUUUGCGGGUCUGCCAAUAUAAACGACCGCUCCAUGAUCGGUAAAAGAGAUUCCGAAGUUGCCGUUAUAAUUGAGGACGAAACUUUUGAAGACGGCCUCAUGAACAACGACUCCUUCCCCAGCGGCCAUUUCGCAGGGUCUUUAAGGAAACACCUCUUCAAGGAACACCUCGGCAUUCUCGGCCAGGAAAACAGCAUGAUCGAUAUGGACGUGACCGAUCCGGUUUCCGAUUAUUUUUACAAGGAAAUCUGGCAGAAAACGGCCGCUCUUAACACGGAAAUGUACGAAAAGGUCUUUCAUUGCCUUCCGUCCGACAAAGUGGAGACUUUCACCGACUUGAGAAGGUAUCAGGAGGAAAAACCUCUGUACACCACUCCGGAUGAUAUUCCUAGGGCCCAGAAUAUGCUGGAAACAAUACAGGGUCAUAUUGUGCAACUUCCAUUAAACUUUUUAUGCAAAGAGAACCUGACUCCAGCAGCUAGUUCUGUAGAGGGUAUGAUGCCAACUUCACUGUGGACUUAAAUAGUGACUAUCUAUUUUAUAAAUAUAUACAAUUAAUUUAAUUUUUAUUACUUUUUAAAAGUAUUAUUUAUUUAUACAUUUUUUUGUUAAAUAUGGGACCAAGCCCAAAUAUAUUUGCCUGUUUUUACUAAUAUUAAGAUGUUUUUAAUUGCCAAUUGUUGUAAAGUCAUUGAAAAUGCAGCAGAUUAUUAAUAUUUACUCAUAAAAUAUUUUUAUACUCGACAUACACAAUAUUCUUACAAAAAAUACCUCAAAGC